AUGGUUUUCAACAACAUUAUCAGCAUUGUGCUUGCCGUCCAUAAAAGGCUGCAUUCAAUAGUUAUCCUAUUUCUGUCCAUUCCCCAUGACUGGAGCACAGAGCGCUCCCUGCCCCUGGGCACUGGGCUGAGCUUGGGUAAACUGGGGGCUGCCGCCACGGAGAGAGCACAGGAACCCCCCUUGGGCCCGCCGUGUCCCUUCGACGGGGACUUUUGGACUCGGAGACCCCCCCACGCCCCCCAGCGGGGGUGCUUCGCUUGCAUCUCCAAGACGCCUCCCGUGCAGCAAGGGUCGCCCGCCCUGGCUCCCUCUUCUGCUGUUUGCCUCAUGGAGACCAAGAGCUGCAAAGGGGAUAGCCUACGGGCGCCUCUCCAAUGCAAACACUCCGUCGAGAAGAAGACGAUGACGAAUCCCACCACGGUGAUCGAGAUCUACCCGGACACCACCGAGGUGAACGAUUACUAUCUGUGGUCCAUCUUCAACUUUGUAUACCUCAAUUUCUGCUGCCUGGGUUUCAUCGCCUUGGCUUAUUCUCUGAAA